GAGGAUUUUUUAUUUCUAUUUUCUCAGGAUGUAUUUAAUGAGAUCUAAGAAGCAUUUUGAAAGCCAAGAUUUGAAGGAGUUACAAGACAAACGUGAAAAAUUUGCCGAGCGACAUCGUGAUGGUUCCAGUCGAUCAUCAGAGACGGCUUCUAUGGAUAAAAGUCCUGCAAAAACAAAUAAAAAAGAAGAGUUUACUCUGGAGGAACUCCCAGAUGGAGCUUGUUUUAGACCAAAGUCUGUGUUAUCAAACGUGCAGGAUGCUGAAACGGCUGUUAGACCCGCUGAGUACAUUGGGAGCUUUUCUGUCCAAGGUGCUGAUCAGAAUGCCCGGGCAGAAUGUGUCCAGACUCACUUAGAGGAUAUGAGGACAGUUGACAAGAGUAAGAAGGUGUUACUGGUCAUCUCUCUGUCAGGGAUCAAGGUCUGCAGCAGCAAUGGGGAGAGUGUGUACAUGGCCCAUGCCCUGAAGCGAAUUUCCUAUGCAACAUGUGACCCAGACCACUGUCAGUUUUCCUUCCUGGCUAGAGAACCGAAGGGACAUAUCAAUAUCCAGUUCUGUCAUGCCUUCAUCACCACCACAUCAGAAGAGGCAGAGGAACUAAAUACAAUCAUUGGUAAUGCUUUCAAGAUGGCUUAUGCACAGCAGAGAGUGCGACAACCCACAUUCAACGAGCUCAUCGAGAUACAACUGAACGAACAAAAAGCCAAGUUCGCAGAGUAUCAGGUUCAGGCUCAGAAGGAGUUCAAACAGAAACUCACAGAGAUAGCCACGCCAACGCCCUUCUCAGAGAAGGCGAUACAGCGCAUGGAGAUGCGACGUCAAUCCAGCAGUGACGAUGUUCAGGAAAAAGAACGAGAACUUGCUGUGGGCAAAAAUAAACUAUGGGCUAAACAAGCAGUAGACAAAGUAAAGCAUCGUUCUGCUGCCAAUGAAUCGUUAAGUUGCUCACCCCCAGGACGCAGUGAGUCCCCGGGAGGGAGACCUCAGUCAGAGGCUCUCAUCCACAACUACAGUGUAGGAGACCAAGCCCACAAGAGAAACUCCACACCAGUACACUCUCUAAACCAGAAUGCUUCCUCUCUGGCCUUUCUUCGUAGCUCCUUUGACAAUACAAAUAACUCAGGGAAGAGUAAAGGGUCUCCUGUGACUGCCCUGAAGGAUGCUAUAGACAAGGGCUUUUGUAACGGCUCUCUUUCUAGUCAAGAUAGUACAGACUCUCAAGGACUUCUAAUACAUGACCAGGAGGGUUAUCUCGCCCCUCAAAAUGGCCGGCUACUCAAUGAAGACAAGAACAAGAAUCUGUGCAACAAGAUGGUCAAUCGUCCCCUUCCAGCCCUCCCUAAUCAAGCCAAUGGUCAGUCAGGAAGUCCCUGUAAACACAAAAACUGGACAAGUAUGGAUGAUGAUGUGCUAGUACCACGAAGGUCUAGGUCACGGGGAGACAACAUGGGAGACUCCCCUAGACGGAGGCCAGCCCGCCCAUUAAGUGAAGUAUUCUCUGACAAAAAACUUUCUGCAUCAAACUUUCCUGGUGCUAGGUUUGAUGAGCCAGGUUGUUAUAUGUAUGGCUCUAGGGAAAUGCAGAGUCGGCAAAUACGAAAUUCACGGUCAGAAGGCAUGCAGAUCCAACAACAAAUUCACUUACAAAGUCAACAAGUGGUAAACAAUCACAGAUCCCCAAGUAAACAGGAUGAACACUCUUCUCCAUCAAAACAGUCGUUUAGAUACCAAAAUAACCAAAGUCCUUUCCAAGAGCCCAGUUCUUAUGAGAAUCCGGAGGACUCUAGUCAGCCCAACAAAUCACGUCCAGGACUCGAGUCAUUGAUGGGCCUGGAUCGAAGCCACAUUGAGGAUGAGACGUUGCGUCAUGCAUCCUGGUAUCAAGCAGGGAUCCCACGGGAGAUUGCCCUGGAGAUCCUACAACAGGAGGAUAUAGGAUCCUUCAUUGUUCGGGAUAGCUCCACCCAUCCGGGAUGUUACGCCCUAUCAGUCCGCGUCCCAAAGUUUGAAAACCCCACAGGCAUCUCACAUUAUCUGAUACUUAAGACACAACGGGGAGUCAAACUAAAGGGUCUGGAGAAAGAAUGGCCUGAUCUUAUUGCUCUAGUCACACAUCACACUGUCAUGUCAGAAAUGUUACCAUGUACGUUACGUCUCCCACACAAAUCUACCAACCCAACCUUCAAGGACAGCGACAAGGACGAGAAAGAAGAUGACCCAGAUUAUCAACGUCUUUCUGACUUUUCCUCCAUGAUGGAUACGCUCAAAAUGUAGAUUCUGGUUUCCAUACCAACGGGGAGGAAUAGCAGUGUUUAUUUGUUACCAUGGCUGCAACCAUGGUGACGAUAGAUAUCAACAAUGCAUAUUUCAAUGACUGGCAUGGAUGUUAACAACCCAGUGGUCAUGAGAGUCUCUUGUUAUCAAUCAUGAAGACCUGCUUUAGUCAGUGUGGGACUCCUUGUCAGGAAUAAAGAUUUAGUGCUGCUGGUGACACGAGUUUAUGACAUCCUUUCUGUGAUGUUACAGCCCUCAUUGAAACACUAACAAGCUGUGCUGAUUAUUUCUAAACUGUGAUGAUAUGACAGGCCUGUGAUUAAAGGGGGAUAACUCUAACUUUGGAUUUUGUGACAGGAAAACUUAUCAGACACUAUUGGUUGAUAAAUAUUUCAUAAGUGUUGUGAGUACUUGAUGAAACCUAUUCAUAUCGGACAGUGACCAGUAGUGACCAGCUGUCACACAUUGUGUUACAGUAAUAUUGUGCAAUGUAAUUCUACAAAUUGUGUGAACUUAAUGAUAAGUCCAGUAGGUGCAUGGUUCUUUUCACAAGGUGAAAGGUUGUAACCAUGGUCACCUGGCAGUGUUACAUGCCUGUAGACGAAGUCAACACCAUGUAGUGUUCCUGGUUAGGUGGAAAUAUAAAAAUUCUGUUUGUCCUGAUAUUUGGACUGUUACAAUGCAGUUGUUUGGAUUCUGUGUUCAGGUUCAUAAAAAUUUGUGUCCAGUCACAGCUUGGAACAUGUCCAGCAAGCAGUUUGACACAAGUUGUAUGAAAGUCAUGAUUUUGAAUUCCUGGUGUUUAUUUUAACAUUAUUACAUUCUACAUUCUGUGUCAUCCUGUUACAAUAUUGCACUAGAUUUAUCUUCCUCUCACAUACCGAUAUUCUCAUCAACUCAUCGAAGAAAAUCAUGCAGUGAAUUCAGAAGCAAAUGUAAGGAAGCCAUGAAUAUACAUCAUGAAAUUAUUGAAUGUCUCGGUGAAAAAAACAGAUCCUGGUGUACACAUUUGUCAGAAACUUGAGCUAUGAUCAGUGUAAGCAUGCUGUAUCAGUGAAACAUUCGUUCUGUGCUGCAAAAUAUGGCACUAGAUAUUCCUGUUGGAUUAGGAAGGCUCAUUUAAAAUCUGUCAUUAUAGGCGAGUAUGACUAGAAUUAAUCUGCCAGUGAGGUGCAGGAGAGACUGUGAUAUUAGAUAUGUAUAGGUGUUCAUGUGUAUUAUAUACAUUGUUUUAUGGGUUUUAAAAAAACAUGGAAGUACACAAUGUGGUAUUGAAGGUCAUGUUGCUGGUGAACAUAUUGAACUGUAAUGUAUUGAGAUAUUGUAAUGUAUAAAAAAUACAAUGUAUUACACUGUAUUUGUAAUGAACAUUGUUAUACAUUGUGUUUUGUAGUUUAUAUAUUGUACUAUUAGUAAAUAGAAGUAGGAGAAAUAAUGUUUGGAUUCUUGCCUUGGAGUUACCUCCCCUCCCCAAUCCUCAGUGGAGGGCAGGUCAGAUGAAACAGCUUACUGUUGGAAAAGAAGUGUACUUUUUACAACCUUUGUCACAUCCUUUUUUACUCCUUUGCAGCUAUACAAUAAGAAUGUAUGCCUUUUUUUAGAGUAGUAUGAACUACGCCAGGUGGAAAUUGUUUUGAUUCAGGGAUAAAUAAUACAACAUACUGUUGAGUAUUAAUCAUUGCAAGAGUCUACAUUAAAAUCCACAGGAACUUGGAGAUGUUUUUGAUAAAGCAUCCCCUCCUCCCCCUCCCAAGGGAAAUAACUCUGUAAGUUGAACGACAUUUAUAUAGAUGUUCAAACAUCUUUCUAAAGCAAUAAUGUUUUGUGUAAGACUGGUUCAUUCCAUACUUAGUGUGAGGCAGGAUCAUUACUGCUGAUAAAAGCAUGACUAAGCCCACGAUGUUGUGUUGGAGGAAUUGUACUGCCAGCAUUAUAACUAGAAAAUGGAGGAGGAAUGUAUAAAACGCUGGGGAAACGUGAUAUAAAAUAUAACAUGGGAGUAUUGUGAUAUAGACCUGUUAUCAGGAGAUUACAACUAGUAUACAGGUGUCAAUCAUACAAAGAUGCCACAAAACUCCAUAAUAUUGACGAGAUAAAACUGCUUCUAAAUCUUUAAGUAAAUUCUUGUAUCAUUUUAUACAUUAAGUGAACCUUUAGUGCUGUUUAUAACUUGGUAAAUAACCACAAGGUGAUGUCAACAUUUUUUUAACUGUUUAUUUGGCAGUCUGCCUAUUGGUGCAUUGUAAUAGCCUAGCCUGAAUAUAAACCGUUUACCAAUACAAACAUCAAGGGUAUUGUCCUUGGAUUAAUGUCUCAAAACUAUCCCUAUUUUAUUUUUUUACAUACAUCGUUCUCAAGAAAAGGAAAGAGCUAAUUUUUUUUUUUAUUGUCGCUUUGUCUACACCAGAAUCCUUGGUAAUCAGACAAGUCAUUUAGUCUGUCUACAUCAGAAACCUUGGUUAUCAAAAAAUCUUAUUUAGAUUCUGACUUUCGUCACCUGUCUACACCAGAAACCUUGAUAAUCAGACAAGUAAUUUUACAGCUUUAUUGCCAUAAGUAAAGACUUUUAAUAAAGUAGAUAGGAAUGACACUUAUUAUCCAGGACGAUAUUUCCAGAUUACAUUUCAUGAAUCUUUCUUUGUUGAUGGAGUUUGGUUCAGAUUUUAUUAACGUAACCGACUUCGUUUUAUGCUUCCACGAGUACAUGUGAGACAUGUAGAGACAGUUGUUUUAAUUAUGUUGUUUUAACUUCCUGUUUAAGUUGUGGCCUUAUUAUGUUGAUCCCUUGUAGGAGCUUAGUUGUCGAUUUGGGUGGUUGUAUUAGAGUGAACUGUGAGUUGUACGAGGUAGAAGGAUUUUAUUUUCAAACAGAGAGGAGUUUUAAUGAUUGAAUAUUAAGAGUAGAGAGAGAGAGAGAGAGAGAGAGAGAGAGAGAGAGAGAGAGAGAGAGAGAGAGAGAGAAAGAGAGAGAGAGAGGGAGAGAGAGAGAGAGAAGAGAAGAGAGCUAGCUAGCUAAGAACUAUAAGAACUAAGCAAUGGUGAAAUGAACUUCAAAUCAAGUGGUAUGAACUUUGAACUAAGUUGGAGCGAUAUUUAAAAUAAAACGGAAUGAAAGACAGUAUAGAGAUUUGAGAUUGAAUUUUUCCUGAUAAUUGGAGUGACUAAUUUGUCUUUAAGCCUUGGUGAUUUACUUUAAAUUCUAAACAAAAGUAAUUAAAAAAAUUUAAACGAUAAAUUCAUUAAUAAAAUCAAGGCUUAAGGACAGAUUAUUUAUUUGAAAUGUAAGAAUGAUGAAUUAUAUUAUUUCCGGUAGAUUUAAUUGCAUGUUUUAGCAUUAAGAGUUUUAGAUUAUUGUAUUCUACUCAUUCCCAGAAAUCAAUUUUGUUUUAAACUUGUUUUGGUUAUCUCCCUUUUUACUGAAGAUCUGUGGAUAUACAUAAACCUACGUAACUAUCUGGUUUAUCUCAUACACUGACCGACGUCUUUUAUUGCCGUUUCUGGGAGUGAGAAGGACACAGCAACAUUUCUGUUUGUUAGCAUAUUUAUAUAGAAGAUUGUUGAAUGUUUAUUUUGUGUUUUUGCCAAACCUGUGAUUGUCUGUAGGCUGAGAUGGGUGUGUCACCUGAGUAUUACACUGAUCUUGCCCAAUACAAGUCAUAGAGAAAGUA